CCAAUGACUGGAAAGAGACUUUAUGUGCUCUCGAUGAUUAACAGCCAUGUCAGGAAAGGGAAGCUCCACCCCUGUAACACUUAGGGUGAGAUUAGAUACAAUGGGGGACUUCCUCUAUCCAUGUUUCUAUGAAUAUAAAAUGGGCCAAACACUGUGGGUCUGCUGUUCACCUCCAGUCACUCUCCACAAGACAGAGUGGAGAAGAUCUCAUGAUCAUCUGAGCAGCCGGUAGAGAAGAGCAGGGCAGAAUGGAGAUGACUGAGGGCAGCUUUCGAAAAUUAGACCCUGAUGGAGUCAACAGACCCUCUAUGGACAAACAUGAAGAAACAGACACUGGACGCUGGAAGAGGGCUGCUGUGUGUCUGGGUCUGCUGUGUGCUCUCCUGCUGUCUGCCAUCGCACUUCUCAGUUUCAAAAUGAUGGAGAACAAACAGUUACAGACCAGCUACAACAACCUGAAUAGAGAGAAAUCCCAGUUACAGACCAGUUACAACAACCUGACUAAAGAGAAAUCCCAGUUGCAGGACAAAUUCCACACCAUGGCUGCCGAGAAGGAUAAACUGCAGAAGAGACUUUGUAACCUGAGAAUGGAGAUUACAAAGUAUGCAGUGGAUGUGACUCUGGAUCCUGAUACAGCUCACAACUCCCUCAUCCUGUCUGCUGAUGGGAAACAAGUGAGGCAUGGUAACUCAUCACAGAAUCGACCUGACAACCCCAAGCGCUUUUCUCUUUAUGUUUGUGUUCUUGGAAAGCAGGGGUUCACCUCUGGUAGAUUUUACUAUGAGGUUGAGGUCAGUGGGAAGACUGAAUGGGAUUUAGGAGUAGCCAGAGAGUCCAUUAACAGGAAGGGAAAAAUUACCCUGUCACCUAAGAAUGGAUACUGGACAAUAUGGCUGAGAAAUGGGGAUGAGUAUAUGGCACUAGCUGAUCCCUCUGUUGUUCUCUCCCUUAAAGAGAAGCUAGAGAGGGUGGGGGUGUUUGUGGAUUAUGAGGCAGGUUUGGUCUCCUUUUAUGAUGCAGACAGAUCAAAUCUAAUCUACUCUUUCCAGGGUGUCUCCUUCAAGGAGAAAAUAUAUCCAUAUUUUAGUCCAUCUCUUCAUGAUGAUGGCAAAAACUCAUCUCCUCUGAUUAUCAUGACUCAAAUUACAUGCCCAAAAUGAAUGUUACCUUGCUGGUAUUUCAUUAUAUAUUUUUAAAAUGUACUGCUUUUACUCAUCACUUUUAAUUGUGGUCUUCUAUUGAAUUUCUAGUAUUUUUCAUCAUUAUUCACUUUUUAUUAUAUCUUCUUCUUUUAUUUAUUUUUACUUGUUUCAUUUGUUAAUUUCCUGUUACCUCCUUCAUUUAUUAUCUAAAGUUUUCAUCAAUGUAUUUACCUCAGAUGUAAAGCACUUUGGUACAACUGCUGUUGUUUUUAAAUGUGUUACAUAAAUAGGGUUAAUUUGACUUGAAUUGACUUCCAUCCAACAAUCAAAUCCACCCCUAGUUGGCAGAAAUGCAUCCAAUUUCAUCUCAUUUUCACUUGUCACAGGAAUGUCAACCAAAAUGCCGAGUUCUGUAUUUGAUUGAAUAUUCUAUAAAUAAACUACUCUCAAAGGUAAAAGAAGUUAAGUGCUGGUUUAAUUGUACUCUACACUGACAUUAAUUAAUGAUGUCUUCAUGUGAACUAGGCAAUGGGACUAAAGUACAGCAACACGUGAUUCUUCUUCUUCCUCCAUACGUGUUUCUGAAAGUACAGAACAUGUCAAAUGGUGUGGGUCUGUACUACGCUGACAGUGACAAACAAAAGCCCAUGAGCAAUGGGUCAGUCGAGUGCCAAACCUCAUGAAAUUGUGUCCAUGUUAGCCUAAUAAAUCCCAUUUUUAUAUAAUUGCAUGUUCCUUUUUCCGUACGUUAAAUGUAACCACUUACAAUUUACAAUUUUUUUAUGCCGUUUAAAGUUGAAAUAAACAUUGCAUGUA